CCAUUAAGUAGUGUUGUUAUUAUAAUUGUGAUUGAUUCGAUUUACCCUUUUAUAUUCAAUUUAGGUUUUUCAAUUUCUCGAUUAGGAAAACGGUAACAAAUUCGGUACGGUCCUUCAUUCUUGCUUCCCUAGUUCUCGAAUUAUUUCGCGCCAAACAGUUUGAAGAAGCUGAAAAUGACGAUUGGGAAUCUUGCUUCUGAGAAUAAGAAAACAAGGAAGAAGAGGGAAAUUGUUAAUGAGAAUGAGCCUUUAAUACCUAAGUCUCAAGAAAAUGCUGAGUUUCAUGAAUUUAAUGGAGCUUCGUUUUCCGGGGCUGUUUUCAAUUUGGCAACCACUACUAUUGGUGCUGGAAUCAUGGGGUUGCCUGCUUGCGUUAAGAAAUUGGGAAUGGUGCCUGGUCUUAUUACCAUAAUCCUAAUGGCAUUGUUGACAGAGAAGUCGCUUGAGUUCAUGAUCAGGUUUUCAAGGGCGGGGAAUCUUUCUGCUUAUGGAAGUCUUAUGGGGGAUUCCUUUGGGAAAAUUGGAAAAGCUUUGUUGGAGAUAUGUGUUGUAAUCCAUAACACUGGUGCUUUGAUUGUGUACAUGAUUAUUAUUGGUGAUGUGAUUUCUGGAACAACGUCAAGUGGAAUUCACCAUUCUGGUAUCCUUGAAGGAUGGUUUGGUAUCCAUUGGUGGACCGGGCGUACAUUUGUUAUUGUUUUUACAACACUUUUUGUGUUUGCGCCUUUGGUUAGUCUUAAGCGAAUUGAUUCAUUGAGAUUCACAUCUGCAUUGUCAAUUGGGUUAGCUGUUGUUUUCCUUAUCGUCGCUGUGGGGAUCUCAAUUAUCAAGAUUAUUAGUGGUGGCAUUGGAAUGCCCAGACUCUUCCCGGUCAUUACUGACGCAGCUUCAGUUUUUGAUCUAUUCACUGUAGUUCCUGUCCUGGUGACCGCUUACAUCUGUCACUACAAUGUUCACAACAUAGAUAAUGAACUGGAAGAUUCUUCAUGGAUGCAUGGGGUUGUGCGUACUUCCCUUACUCUAUGCUCUUCAGUAUACUUACUGACAAGCUUCUUUGCGUUCCUUCUAUUUGGUGACGAAACUCUUGAUGACGUGCUUGCCAAUUUUGAUACUAAUCUUGGAAUUCCUCUCGGUUCGGUGCUCAAUGACGCUGUUCGUUUUAGCUAUGCUGCACAUCUUGUGCUUGUAUUUCCUGUAGUUUUCUAUGGGUUAAGGGUCAACGUAGAUGGUCUAAUAUUUACCUCAUCAAAAAGGCCUUUGGUUAUUGAUAACUUCAGAUUUGCAUCAAUUACUAUAUCCCUCGUUGGCAUUAUCUUCAUGGGAGCAAACUUCAUACCUAGCAUUUGGGAUAUUUUCCAGUUCACUGGAGCAACUGCUGCUGUUUGUCUAGGAUUCAUAUUUCCAGCUGCAGUCACUCUGAGGGAUCGAUAUAACAUAGCGACUAAAACAGACAAAAUACUAUCUGUUUUUAUGAUAGUCGUGGCAGUCUUGUCAAAUGCUGUUGCGAUAUAUAGUGAUGCCUAUGCCUUGAUCAACAAAAAUAAAAAUGUCUGAUGGGUUGAAACAAAGCAUGUGUACAAAUAUUCUUCAAAAGCGUGUGAAGGCUUGCAACUUGUACAACGUUGUUUGUAUCAAAGAACUGUCAACUUGUCUAGAAAAGACAGAAUAAACAGAAACACAAAACCGUAUAUAUGUAUAUUUGUACAGUGUCCGACAAUGUUUGUUGUCAAAAUAUCGUUUCUCUUCUAGUAUGCUCUUUGCCGAUGUUAAUAGUUUGAUUUUCUAAAUUUUUGUAGAAAUUGAAUAUUUGUUGCAAUUUGUUGUAUUGUACGGUUCUUGUGAAAUCAUAGAUUUUUAGAUUAA